AAACCUAAAACAAAUGGCAUCUGCUGGACGUCUCAUAGGCCCACCCGCCGCCAUAGCCCCCCAAAUCAACACAUGCAAACCACCGACCUGCGACGAUGCCAACAAAAACCACGCCGGAAGACCGCCGAUGGGUCUCACGGAAAACCUCUCCCCGACGUUUUUGUCCACCGGAAACCCCUGCCUGGACUUCUUCUUCCACGUGGUGCCCGAUACCCCUGCGGAGGAUCUGAUCGGACGGCUCCAACUGGCGUGGGUCCACGAUGCCCUGACCACCCUGAAACUUAUCUUCAAUCUGAGGGGUGUGAGAGGCACCGGAAAGUCUGAUAAAGAAGGGUUCUACACUUCCGCUCUUUGGCUCCACAAAGCCCACCCCAAAACCCUGGCUCUCAACAUCAGGGCUCUCGCAGAUUUUGGGUACCUGAAGGACUUGCCCGAGAUUCUCUAUCGUCUCCUCGAAGGACCCGAGGUCCGCAAACUCGCAAAGCAAGCCUGGAAGGAAAGGAAGGGAAGGAGAAUAACGAAAAGAUUACCACAGAACAGGAAGGUGAAUUCCAGGAAAUUUAAGAGAGGAAGUGAAGGAAACAGUGGGGUUGUUUCGAAGUCCGAGCGGUGUAUAUUGGUGGAGAGGAGUGGGGUAGGUGAUAAGGAGAAGGACAGGGCUUCGAAGGCUGCAAAGGCUUUGGAUAGGUAUAACAACGACUCUGAUUACCGGUUCCUUUUCGAUUGCGUUUGCGAUGUGUUUGCAGAGCUUUUGAAAUUGGACUUGGCGUUUUGGGGUAGUGGGGAGGUUCGUAAGAUUAGUCUUGCGGGGAAAUGGUGCCCGACGAUCGAUUCAUCGUACGACAAGUCGUUGUUGAUCUGCGAAGGGAUUGCGAGGCGGGUGUUCCCGCGAGAGUGUGAGAAAGAGUACGAGGAAAUCGAGGAGGCGCAUUAUGUGUACAGGGUUAGAGAUAGAUUGAGGAAACAAGUUCUUGGUCCGUUGCAUAAGGCAUUGGAGUUGCCCGAGGUCUACAUGAGCGCCAAUGAGUGGAACGCGUUGCCGUAUAACAGGGUUGCUUCGGUGGCCAUGAAGACUUACAAGGGGCUGUUUACGAAGCACGAUGCGGAGAGGUUUGGGGAAUAUCUUGAGAAGGUGAAGAGUGGGAAGGCGAAGAUUGCCGCUGGGGCAUUGCUUCCACACGAGAUUAUCGAGUCGCUGAAUGAUGAGGAUGGUGGUAAGGUGGCGGAGCUUCAGUGGGAAAGAAUGGUGGGUGAUGUUGCCAAGAAAGGGAGGCUCAAGAAUUGCAUUGCGGUUUGUGAUGUUUCCGGGAGUAUGAUGGGGACUCCGAUGGACGUGUGCGUGGCGCUGGGGCUUUUAGUUUCGGAGCUCAGUGAAGAGCCUUGGAAGGGGAAAGUGAUCACGUUUAGUUCGCAUCCUGAGAUUCACUUGAUUCAGGGGGAUACUCUUCUGGAAAAGACUCAAUUCAUAAGGAGGAUGGAUUGGGGUGGUAAUACAGACUUCCAGAAAGUUUUUGACCAAAUCUUGAAAGUCGCGGUUGAGGGCAAGCUGACAGAAGACCAACUGAUCAAGAGGGUAGUUGUUUUCAGUGAUAUGGAAUUUGAUCAGGCGUCUAGGCAUUAUUAUGGUUCGAAUCCAUGGGAAACAGAUUAUGAAAUUAUACAGAGGAAGUUCCAGGAGAGAGGAUACAACAAGGUGCCGGAAAUUGUGUUUUGGAACCUUAGGCACUCGUCGUCGACUCCAGUGGUUGCAAGGCAGAGUGGGGUGGCGCUUGUGAGUGGGUUUUCGAAGAAUUUGUUGACUGUGUUCUUGGAGGAAGGUGGUAUCGUAAACCCUGAGGCUGUGAUGGGAUUAGCUAUCUCUGGCGAAGAGUACCAGAAACUUGUUGUGUAUGAUUGAUAUGUCAUCAAUGUCACAGGAACCUACCUCAUGAAUGAUAUUUUGUGAAAGUUUCAUGUUGCUUCGAUCUUUACUCCUUUUUGAAUU